UUGUAAAUUCAUCACAGAUGAAAAUCAAGUGGAAUAAAACAUUUAUGGUCUGGCUGAGUGAAAUUAACGAACACUCCGUACAAAGUUAGGCUACUGGAUCAGGGACUGAAAGGAUUCAAAAUGGCGACUGGAGCAAUCUUCCACUGGGCGGACUACCUCAUAUUUGUUCUUGUGCUUGUUAUAUCUACUGCCAUCGGAAUAUUCUUUGCUUGGCGGGAUCGAAAGAAGCAGAAUGCAUCCGAUUUCCUUCUUGGAGGGAGAAAAAUGGGAAUACUUCCGGUUUCACUGUCUCUCAUGGCCACGUUGUUGUCGGCUGUUAUGGUUUUGGGAGUUCCGGCGGAAGUUUACUACAAUGGCGCCAUCUACUGGCUGAUAUUGUUUUCCAACCUACUUGUGUAUCCGGUUGCUGCACAUAUGUUUUUGCCCGUUUAUCACAACCUAGGUAUCACAAGUGCAUAUGAGUAUUUAGAGAUGCGAUUCAACCCCCUAGUGCGUAUUCUAGGCUGCAUUGUCUUCCAGAUCCAAAUGGAAGGAACUAGAUGGGUGAUUUUUAAAUUUGAUAUGACAGGUCCUAUUCUUAUCAUAGAUUAA